AUGGAGGAAAAUCAGACCUCUGUCACAGAGUUCAUCCUGCUGGGAUUUCCCCUUGACUCAACGACUCAGGUGUUUCUCUUUGUGCUCUUCUCCCUGUUCUUUGCCUUCACCCUGCUGGGGAACGGGGCCAUCCUGGGGCUCAUCUCCCUGGACUCCAGGCUGCACACCCCCAUGUACUUCUUCCUCUCACACCUGGCCAUCGUGGACGUAGCCUAUGCCUGCAACACGGUGCCCCAGAUGCUGCUAAACCUCCUGAGUCCAGCCACGCCCAUCUCCUUUGCUGGCUGCAUGACACAGACCUUUCUCUUUCUGAGUUUUGCUCACACCGAAUGUCUUCUCCUGGUGGUGAUGUCCUAUGACAGGUAUGUGGCCAUCUGCCACCCACUCCGAUAUUCUGCCAUCAUGAGCUGGAGAGUCUGCAUCAUGCUGGCAGUGACUUUUUUUUUAGGAGUCCUCCUGGCCCUAGUACACCUAGCAUUACUCCUACCAUUGCCCUUCUGUGGACCGCAUAAAGUUAAUCACUUUUUCUGUGAAAUUGUAGCUGUUCUCAAGCUUGCCUGUGCAGAUACCCACAUUAAUGAGACCAUGGUUUUGGCUGGGGCAGUGUCUGUGCUGGUGGGACCAUUCUCCCCGAUUGUAAUAUCCUAUAUUCACAUUCUACGUACCAUCUUAAAGAUCCAGUCAGGGGAGGGGCGCCAGAAAGCCUUCUCCACCUGCUCAUCCCACCUCUGUGUGGUUGGACUCUUUUAUGGCACAGCCCUUAUCAUGUAUGUUGGACCCCAUUAUGGGGACCCCAAAGAGCGGAAGAAAUAUCUGCUACUGUUUCACAGCCUUUUCAAUCCCAUGCUCAACGCCCUGAUCUAUAGUCUGAGGAACAAAGAAGUCAAAGCUGCUCUGAAGAGAAUGCUUGAAAAAGAGAGAACUUGA